AUGGCUACACGCGGCACACGCUCUGAAGGAAUCAACUAUGAAGACGUACUUCGGAUGAUGGAGGAGAGUGACUUCAGUUCACUUUCAGACGAUGAGAGUCAACAAUUGUCGGAUGGGGAGGCUGUCCCUGAAUCUACAGUCACUACUGAACAAGCAGACAUAGAAAUAGAAGACCCUACGCCUGGUUCGUCGCAGGACAGUGGACGUACACAUUGUGAUCUAAACAGAGGUGAAUGGGAUGAAUAUGUGAGGGAAGACAAAAAGGUGUGUGCACUUAAAUGGAAAGAUAACAAGGCUGUCAUUUUGGUAUCAUCUUGUGUUGGGAGUGAGUCGCAAGUUACUUGUAAGCGAUGGUCAAAGGCGCAGAACAGAAGUAUUGAUGUACCACAACCAGCUAUUGCGAAGAGUUACAAUUGUAACAUGGGUGGUAUUGACCAAUGUGACAGAUUCAUGGCCUACUAA